AUGAGUGUUAGUUUGUAUCAUUUAGUUCUAUUUGGUUUCUUGGUAUCAACUCACUGUCAAAUAAAGGUAUCAGAAGCCUGCAAAUGUUAGCAUUUGUUAUCUUAAAAUGAUUGCUAAUAAAACUUGGAAUGUUCAUGGUUGAAUUAAAGUUGUUAAUAGAAGCCAGAGGAGUAAGCGAUUUCAACGAAACCAGAGAGCAUUUAUUGCAAAGGUCGAAUACAAGAGGAUUGUAGUAACAAAAUAGGCUGUGCUUACUACAACUAGAAUUGUGUUCAUUUUAGUGGUUGCACUAGCUAUGUUUAUACUACUCAUAAUGAAUGCUAAUUAAUUAGUACACAAUGUACAAGUGAUGGAGUGCAAUGUAUAAAACCAAGGGAAUGCUCUAAAAAUUAAAAGGAACAAUUGUGUAGUACAGUAAUAAGUUCCUCCGGAUCAAGGAAAUGUGUUUGGGAAAACAAUGUGUGCAGAGAUUAAACAUGCAAUGAAGCUUCUGAGUUGCUCAUUACUGAUGAUGCUUGCGAUUCCUUUAUGAAGGGAUGUGUAACGAAUGGGAGAGGAUGCGUAGACAAAAGACUGAAUUGUUAUUAUUAUGACAAAAAUUGUGAUGGUAUGAUUGGGAGUGAUGGCUUAUGUGAAUAGAAAGGCGAUAAAUGCUAAUAUAAGGAUUGUGCAAGUGCCCCAUUGACAUAUUAUACUGAUCAACAAUGCUAGUAUUUUAGAAAAGGAUGCAGAACAACAGGUAUUGGGUGCACGGAUUAGGCAUUGAAAUCAUGUAAUACUUAUACAGGGGAUGGGGAAUAGUGUUUGAAAUACAUAGGGAGUAGUGGUAAGUGUGAAGAAGGUUUGAAGGGUAAAUGCUAAGCUAGGAAAUGCGAAAGUGCACCAAAAUAAUAUUCUACAGAUGAAGAAUGCAAGUCUUAUUCUUCGAAAUGCAAAACUACUGGGAUUGGUUGUGUGGCUAUUCAAUUGAAUUGUAAUUCAUAUACAGGCACUAAAUAAGAAUGUGAAAGAAGAAUAGGAGCAGAUGGAAGAUGCACCGCUUAAAACACAGAGCAGUCACAGCAAUGUAAGGCUAGGAUUUGUUCUGAUGGCCUAUUUUCAACUGACAGCGAAUGUGGGUAAUAUUAGUUUAAUUGCAUUUCUAAUGGUGUUGAAUGUACAUCUGUUUUGAUGAGUUGUUAUAAAUACAAAGGGGAUGCUGAAAAGUGCAAAAAGUAUAGAGGAACAGAGGGCAGAUGUACAAUAGGUGAAAAUGGAUAUUGUGCAGUGAAUGCUUGUGAGAAUGCUGAUUUCAAAACUAAUUAGGAAUGCCAGAGUGUUUAAUCUUAUUGUUUGACUAAUGGAACUAAAUGUGUCACGGCUGAUACUUGUCCAAAUACAUUACAAUAGAUAACUUGUUUGGCAAGUGAUAAAUGUUAAUGGGCAGAAUAAUGUGUGACAAACGAAUGUAAGUAUUUCCUAAGAAAGGGAAUGUGUCUUGGACAUUCAUCAAAUGUUGAAUGCUUUUGGGAAGGAUCAAGUUGUGUUGAUAAAUAAUGCAAACAUGCUGGUUAGCAAUAUCGAACUAAUUAGGAUUGCUAAUUAUUUUUACCCAAUUGUAUCACUAAUGGAUAAGGUUGUGUGGAUGUGUCAGCUCCAUGUGAAGAAUACGUUGGGGAUGAAGAUACAUGUACUAAUUAUAAGGGUAAUAAUGGUAAAAUACCAUGUCUUUAUUAUCCAGCGACUUAAAAGUGUCGAUCUAAAACCUGUUAAGAUAACCAAUCUGCUAAAAGUCAAAAAGAGUGUGAUGACACUUUAGAGGGAUGUAAAUUCAGAGGAACAUAUGGUUGUGUUGAUUAAAAUGCAAGUUGUGAAGAGUUUUAAGGAAAUACCGAAUAGUGUUAUGCUUUGAAUAACAAAUGUUCGCAAAAUCUAGGGGAAUCAGGAAAAUGUAGACCACUGGACUGCUAUGACAAUUCAGUGGCAUUGGAAGAUUAUGAAUGUAAUUUGUUUAAAUCUGGAUGUGUAACUAAGGGAGUUGGAUGUAUAGCAUCAACAGCUCAAUGCACACAAUAUUUUGGAAAUUCAAUAGAUGAUUGCUCUAAAUUUGUUGGAAAUGGAAAGAAAUGUUGGUACGAGCAAGUAUCUUCAGGUUAAUGUGUGGAUAAACAAUGUAGUCAUAAUGUUGAUGCAUAGACUGAUUAUGAAUGUAUCAAGUUCUUGUAAGGGUGUGUAUUCAAUGGGAAGGGAUGUCAAGAUGCAGAGUUGACUUGUGAUACUUAUGAAGGGGACGAGGAUACAUGUGCAAAAUAUAGGGGAAAUGGAUUACAAUGUGUAAGGGUAGACUAUUGCGAGGAUCGUAAAUGUUCAGAUGUACAGAAUCCUUUGUCUUUAAAAGAAUGUGAAGAAUAUCUGUCUAUUUGUGCUUUUGAUGGUGGGAAAUGCAUUGAAAAAGAAGAUAGUUGUGAUUAUUAUUAUGGAUACUCACAAGAAUAAUGCUAAAUACUGGUUAAUGCAGAUGGGGAUUUAUGUACAUAUAGUGACAAAGAAUAAUACUGCACAAAUCGUUUAUGCAAAGAUGCACAAAAUGUUAAAUCAUAAUAGGAUUGCACAUCUUAUAGAAAAAACUGUAUUUUCAAUGGAAUCGAAAACUGUGAGGAGGUGAAGGAUAGUUGUUCAACAUAUGUUGGUUUUUCUGAAUAGGGAUGUUAAGAUGCAAAGGACAAGACAGGGAAGGGUUGUUGGUUUGAUAAGGAUGGGAAAUGUAAAGACAGAACAUGCUUAGAAACAUUGGCAGAGUAUUCAAAUGAUAUUUGUAAAGCUCUUGAUCCUAGUUGUAUUUAUACUGGAUCCAAGUGUAUAAGGAAAUUGAAUAAUUGUAAUGAUUAUAAAAAUGUGAGUGAAAAUGAGUGUAAAUUCAUACCUGGUUGUUGGUGGAGUUCUAAUGAUUAGAAAUGUAAAAUUAGAGAGUGCUCGGAUAAUAUUACAAAUCCUUCCGAUGAAAACUGCAGAAUUCAUUUAGAGACAUGCAGAUUUGAUGGUGACAAUAAGUGUGUUGAUGAAAAAGAUAAUUGCAAUAAUUAUAUUAAUUUUAACUUGAAUGGAUGUAAGGAAGUCACGAAUAAAAAGAAGGAAAAAUGUUGGUACAAGGAUUAAAGUUCGAAUUGUGUAGAUCGUACUUGUUCAGACAAUCUACAAUUCUAUUCUGCAGAGAUAUGUAUUGACCAUUUGAGUACUUGCAGAUAUAAUGGGUUCAGAUGCUAAGAUGCAAAAGAUACUUGCAUACAAUACGUUGGAUUUUCUAAGGAAGCUUGUGCGGUUGUCACAACAAAAACCAAUGAGUCUUGUUGGUAUCAAGGUGAGAGUUCUAUUUGUGUGAAUGCAUCAUGCGAGAAUGAGAUUCAAGACCCUUCACCAGAAAAUUGUUAUAAACAUUUAUCUACUUGUAGAUUUAAUGGUACAAGAUGUAUAUAACAAAGGUCGAACUGCAAUGAUUAUAUAGGAUCUGAGUAGGUAUGUUAGGGAUUGACUGAUGCAAGCAACAAUUAAUGUUGGUAUGAUAUCAGAAAUACUUCAGGGUUGGAUAUCAAUUGUAUUUUAAAGGAAUGUUCAAAUCAAUAACAUGCUUAUAGUUCAGAUAUAUGUCAAAAAUAUAUUGUUAAAAACGUCAACAACAAGUAGACUCCAAAUUGUACUUAUGAUGGCAUCAAAUGCAUCAACAUUUAGAAUUAUUGUUCACAAUACAUUGGAUUCAGCAGUGAUUAAUGUCUCAAUGUGACUACACUAAGUGGUGAGACUUGUUUCUAGGAUCUAAACAAUUAUAGUAUGAAAUGUAGAGCCAGAAUAUGUUCGGAUAAUUAAACAGCAGUGAAUGAUCUUCAAUGUGAUCAAUUUUUAAAGGGGUGCGUGACUACUGGCAAAGGUUGCACAGAUUCAACACAACCAUGCAACACUUUUAUGGGCUCUUAAUCCAGUUGUCUGAAAUUUGUAGGUAAUUAAAAGAAGUGCAGAGGAUAGAAUUUAAUUACAAGAUGUUCAGUCAGAGAAUGUUUCCAUGAUUAGCAAUCUACUACAGACAUUGAGUGUAAUUCAUAUUUGGAAGGUUGUGUAACCAAUGGUAAAGGUUGCAUUUCUUCUUUGGAACCCUGUUCAAGUUAUAUUGGUGAUCUUUAAACAUGUUCUAAAUUUAAGGGGAAUGGAAGAUUAUGUUACUCAGAUAGUCUUGUUGAUAUUCAUCUCUGCAGAGAUCGGUAGUGUUCUGACAACUCAGAUGCCGCGAAUGAUUCUGAUUGCAAUACAUUCAUGCCAGGUUGUGUCAACAAAGGAAGUGGGUGCAUAGAAGAUACACAACCAUGUUCCAGUUAUUAAGGAACUCAGGCUUAAUGCAGUUUAUUCAAAGGAGAAAAAGGCACAAAACCUUGUUGGAAUGUUGCAUCUGCAACUAGCAAUUCCAGUUGUAUAGAUAGGGAAUGCAGUCAUAUGAUAAGAGGUACAAAUACUAUAGAGUGCAAUUCCUUUUUGGAAGGAUGUGUUAGUGAUGGAUUUUAAUGUCUGACAAAGCGAUAUUGCUCAUAAUUUUAUGGAACUGUCAAAACCUGUAGACUGUUUGAUGCUUUUGAUAAACCAUGUAAGGGUGUCGAUGAUUCUAUAAAAUAAUGCAAAUAAUUGCAAUGCAUUGAUGCACCAAAUAAUUAUGAUACAGAUGAGAAAUGUAAUCAAUUUAAACCUGGAUGUAAGACUACAGGAUAUGGAUGCAUAGAUAUUGGUACCUGUGAAAUGAUAUCAUCUAAACAACUAUGUAAAGAAAGACCUGAUUGCUAAUUUAUACAAGGAUGUAUAAAUACCAUUAAGGUAUGCAUGCAAAUCACAAAAUAUUCUUAAUGUUUAAAUAAUUCCAAUAUGAAAUGUAGUUGGGAUUAUUAGACUAAAUCAUGCAGAGAUUGGAUAUGUUCAGAUGCCAGUGUUCUAUUAAAAAAACAUGAAGAAUGUUAAGCUUUGAACCAAAAUUGUACAACCACCGGAAAUGGAUGUAUCGAGAUUAGUCAUUGCAACAAAUAUUACAAUAAACUAGCAUGUCUCAGUGCCAUCUCCUUGGGAUAUUCUAAAAAAUGUGUUUGGGAAUUUGAUCCUAUAUGUCUCAAUCCUCUCUCCUCUGAAUAUACUAAAAAGUGUGAAUUUGAACCCUUUAUUUGUAGAGACAAAGACUGCAAGGAUGCACCUUCCUAAUACAAUGAGGAUAUUUAUUGUUACGAAUUAUCCCCACAUUGUGUAACUUCAGGACAAGGAUGUACUUAUAAAGAAUAUUCUUGUGAGGAUCUCUUAGUCAAAGAUAAAUGUACUCAAGAUUACUAAAAAAAACCAUGUCUUUGGAUGAAUCUCACCCAAACAUGCGUCACUUUUUCAUAGUGCUCAGAUAUAUAGAAGACGACUCUAUCAGAAUGCCAAGAGUAUUCUUAAUACUGUACUAGCAAUGGGACUAAUUGCAUCUCAUAUUAAAAAUGCUCUGAAUAUACAAAUUCCACAAGUUGUAAAAUAGGCACAGAGGGUUAAUGUGGAUGGGUCAUUGAAUAAACUAAUUAAGAACCAACAUGCUAGAUAUUCGGAAAAUGUUCGGAUAUUUUAGGCAGCACCAAAGAGAACUGUCAAUAAUAUUCAGACACCUGUACUUCCGAUGGUUAAAGAUGCAUUGAAAUAGGUAUUUGUCAAUCAUACAAGACUAAAUAUGGUUGCAAUUCAUCAGGAAUAGAUGGUAUUUGCUUUUGGAAUGAAUCUUAAGCCACUCCUGCCUGCAGUCUAUAGUAAUGUUCUAAUAUUCCUCUCGUCCCCUAUAUGACUUAUUAAUAUUGUUCCACAUACAACCCAAAAUUAAAUUGCACUACAAAUACAAUUUAUUGUGUCGAUAAAAAACUCUGCUCUCAAUAUUCUGAAUAGGAAUGUUAUGAAGGGACUGAUGGUCCUUGUAUAUUUGCCUUACCCUUAAAGUAAUCCUCAGGUACCAAUUUGUGUCGAGCCAAAGAUUGCAUAGAUUACAUCGAAACCACAACUGAAGCCUGCUCUAAAUUAAAAUCUGGCUGCAUUUCUAAUGGUUUCAGAUGUCUUAAUAAACUUAAUUGUGAUGAAUACACUACUGAAACUUCUUGUGAUUCUGAUGGACUCGAUGGAAUAUGCGUGUUCGAUAAUUAGAAAUGUUCAAAAAUGACUUAAUGUGAGGAUGCUAAUAACAGUUAUACAGCUUGUUCCAAGAAAUCAAAAGUAUGUCGUUUCACUUACGAAAAAACUAGUGAUACAAAUAAUGAUACUAAUAAGACGAAAUGCAGUAAAAUAGAAUGCUCGAACAGUCUUAAUUGUUCUCCUGUCUUGAGUUUUGAUGAAAGUGAGGUUACUGUAUGCAUUUAGAAAUCUAAAAGUGAGUGUGUUCAAGGAUUCCCAUAUUAACUUUCUUAGAGUAGAUGUUACAAUAAGAGUCAUUCAACAUAUAGGUGGAAUCCUAGCACUUCAAAAUGUGAAAAAUGCAUACCAACCCAAGUAGAUAAUGAAAAUCCACCUGGAAAGACAGAUCAAUUAUUAUUUACAUCAAUUAUACUUAUGCUAAUUAUCAUAGCAAUAUGAAAUUGAAACUGGACUGAUAGUUAUCAUAUAAUUC